CUGACAAAGACAAUAAAAUAUAUUUAAUAAAGAAGGCACUAUGGUAAAGUUAUUUACUAAAGCAGCACGUUUUUGCACAGCUUCUUCCGCAUGGAAAGACGUGCGUUUGUUUGAACUUGUCGGCUUUGUGACCCUGCGGAACCAAACUGACCUGAGCUGCUUGCCAGGCAACAAGGAACGAGUGACGACGACGUGCUAACGAGUUAGCCGGAUAGCUACCGCUAUCUGGUGUAUAUGCGGCGGAGGUGAAUUAUAUAUGAUAUAGAAUUAUAAUUCAGAAUUUGUUGUAUAUUAUUUUAGUUUAUCCAUCCAGGUUAUUAAUUAUGCCCAGCAAAAAGAAGAAAUACAACGCCAGAUUUCCUCCGGCAAGGAUUAAGAAGAUUAUGCAGACAGACGAAGAAAUAGGCAAAGUGGCCGCAGCAGUUCCUGUUAUUAUUUCUAGAGCCCUAGAGCUGUUUUUGGAGUCAUUGCUCACAAAAGCCUGUCAAGUUACCCAAUCAAGGAAUGCAAAGACAAUGACAACGUCACAUCUAAAACAGUGCAUUGAGCUGGAGCAACAGUUUGACUUCUUGAAAGACCUGGUGGCGACGGUGCCAGACAUGCAGGGCGAUGGGGAAGAGAACCACACUGAGGGGGGAGGAGAAAAAGUCCCACGCAGGGGUCGAAAACCAGGUUCUGGUCGCAAGAACGGGGGGGCUGGCUCCAAAGGAAAGGACAAGAAGUUAUCUGGAACAGAAUCGGAGCAAGAGGACGACUCUGAAGACAGCGAGACAGACGGGGACGAAGAGGACGGCUCUCAGUCAAGCACAAAUCAACAGUCUGCAUCCAAGUUCCACAGCUCAAACGCCCCCCCUCAGUACAUGCACAUGGGCAACAUGGUGUCUAUGGGCAGCCUGGCUCCAGCACAGCCCCAGGGCAGCGUGGCCUUCGCUCCCCAUCCUUCCAUGAUGAGCCACACGCCGCCUCCCCCAGCUCCCGCUCCACACAAACACGAUGACGAUGACGACGACGAAGACUAUGACUCUUAGCUCUCUCUUCACCCCUCCACUUCUCUGUUUUUCUCUCUCACGCACACACAAACACACAGAGAAUCUUUCAACUUCAUUUUCCGAUGCUACAGUUUACCCAGCGGCUGCUGUAACCAGCGGAGGGACAGACUCUUCAUUGCAGCCCGCAGCAAGAGACAAAAGUUGUAUAUUAUGUGUUUUAAUUUUCUCCUUUUUUUUCUUGAAAAAGAAAAGUUUUAUUUCAUUGUAGAGAAGAGUCCAUUGAGGAUGUUUUUUAACAAGUCAGUUGUUGGGUUUUUGACUAGUAAACAUGGCAGUCUUCACUGUUGUCAUGAGCCCCUGUAGACAGGAUAGGUGUGGUUUGUGUUGUUGCAGCUUCUUUUAUUUUUCUUUAAAUCUUUUUGGCACUUUUCUUUCUUCCUCAUUUCUCUGUAGAACACAUAACAAACAUAUCAGUUACCCAGACCCUCAGGUUGGCUGGACAUAAUCCACCAAUGGUGGCCAAAGCCGUUGAUUCUUCCACACAGAUAACCGGGUGAUGAGUUCAGGGCCGACCGCUUGUAAAGAUUUUUUUUUUUUUUUUUUUUUUUUGAGGAGGGGGGUCUUCGUCGUCACCGCUGAAGUGUUAUAUUAACUGCGUUACCUUCGCUCCCGUUAUGAUGUGAGCUAUCCUUCCCCCUGUUUUUCAUCGCGUCUCGCUGGUCGGUCCUGGUUAACUGGCUGGAACAUAAACAAGAAACCAGGUGUAUUUUUACUAUAGACGAGGAAGCCACAUAUUUUCUUUUGAAUUAGCUUCUAUUUUUAAUUAGCGUUUUUAGAACUGUAAAAAGAGAACUGUAAACCUCUACAACAACAGCCCUGAAUUCAUGUGCAUCAGCAGGUUAAUGGUAUACAUUUAGUUUUUUUCAGUCGUGCUGGCGGUAGGAGCUUGUAUAUUAUUUUUUAUGACCGUUAAAUUCCCCUGAACUGUCCAUGAGAUGCACUGCAACUCCUGGGACCUUAACUUUGUUUUUAAAAGUUAUUUCCUGUCCUCUAAUUUUCUAUUGGGAUACCCACUCCAAUUUUUGCUCCCUUCAUCAUUUCGUCCCCCUCUUUUAAAUUGUUUUAAAAUAAAAAGACAGCAAAGAAGGGGCUCCCAUUUAUGUGUCAGUCUCAUUAUGAAAUGGUUGUGAACAGUUCACACUGUAUUGUAAACUUUUAAACAUUCUUUUUAUUUUGUAUGGGUGAAAUAAAGUUCAUAUUUCAAAUAGAA